UCUCUCCUAAUCUAUUAUCUCGGCUACUCAAUCAUUCCUUUUAAUUAUUUACAAACACUACGAUCGGUCUUGUCAGAGUUUUCUCGAAACAAGACCGUUCGUUAAAUCUUUUUGUUCGAAUCUGAUAUUAAAUCGAUCGAUCAAGAGGUCUCAGUAUCAUCGUCAACCGAAGAUAUUCAUGGCCCCGGUCUCGCUGCCUCCUGGUUUUAGGUUUCACCCAACGGAUGAAGAACUAAUCACAUACUAUCUCAAAAGAAAGAUCAACGGUCGAGAGAUUGAGCUAGAGAUUAUUCCUGAAGUCGACCUAUACAAGUGUGAACCAUGGGACUUGCCAGGGAAAUCAUUGCUUCCUAGUAAAGACCAAGAAUGGUACUUCUUCAGUCCACGGGACAGAAAGUACCCCAAUGGUUCAAGAACAAACCGGGCAACAAAAGGCGGUUAUUGGAAAGCCACGGGCAAAGACCGGCGGGUGAGUUUGAAAGAUCAAGCCAUAGGAACCAAGAAAACAUUAGUUUAUUACCGUGGACGCGCACCACAUGGUAUUAGAACUGGUUGGGUCAUGCAUGAAUAUCGCCUCGAUGAAACUGAAUGCGAGCCUACUGCAUUCGGCAUGCAGGAUGCAUAUGCACUUUGCCGUGUUUUUAAGAAGAUAAUCGUUGAAGCGAAACCAAGAUUAGAUCAACAUCAGCAUCAUCAUCAUCAACAUUACGUAAACACGAGUUCGAAUGUAAGUGGUAACUCAAGUUUUGAUGUUUGUUCGGAUCUUGAGAUAAGUUCAAGUACACAUCAAGUUCUACCUAAUUAUAACAACGCUACCGAGACCCAACCAAAAUUUGGAAACACAAACGCAAUCGGUGAUCAUGAUGACUGGUCACAAUACAUGGCACAAGGCAUGCCUACAGGCUUUUCAAAUUACGGAUCUCCUUAUGGAUCUUACCUCACUCAACCAAAUGUGAAUACAGAGAUUGAAUGUGGGAUGUUGCAACAUCAGAUGUCAUUGCCACCAUUGCGAGUAGAAGGCUCGCCAAUUCAAACCAGCGAUUUCUCCAAUGGAACUAAUCAAAACAGCGGUCAAUACGGUUUCAACGACUUUACUUUCGCUGCAAGUAACUCCAACCAGCUCUAUAACAACAACGUUGAUGAUCAUUUAAUACACAUUGGAAAUCUCGAGGAACAGCUCCUCAAUGCUGGGAAUUCCACAUGGAUGAAAACGUCUAGCGGGAGUCUGAAACAGCAGAGUUUUAUAAAUCAAGACGAGAUUUUGCCAAGUUUUGAGGAUAAUGACCAAGAUCUUGAAUGUUUUGGCGGGCCUCGGACCAAUACUAUCAACAACAUAGAGAUCGAUGAUUUUUUCUCGUUCGAAAACCAAGUUGAAGGAGACGCAGACGACAAGACAACGAUCGAAGAAGACAUUAGAGUAGACCACAAAAUGCUCAUUUGUACACGUCAAACAAGUGAAGUUUUAUACUAUCAAGUCGUACCGUCACAGGUUUUGAAAAUUCACAUAAAUCCGGUUCAAGGAAUUGAAGAGAGAACAAUGUUUACUGAAGAAGAAGACAAGGAUUCUUGGUUCAAGAAGGCUGAAAAUGUUGCCAAGAUGAAAUUGAAGCAGAUUAGUUUAGUUGCAAAACGUUAUUACAAAGGUCUCACAAUUAUUUUAUGAUUUAUUUAUAUUCAAUACAAUUGUGGUAUACCCCUUUUGAAAAAGAAGAGAGGAUAUACAUUUAUACUAUUACGCAUUGUAUACUAUAUAUAUGUAGAUUGAUUCCAUUGUCAUUGUUAAAAAUUA